CCCUGGCUGGGCGGUGCGGGCGGGCGGGCGGUAGGCGCCGCCGCCGCCGCCGCCGCCGCCGCCGCGCUUGGGUGUCCCGGGGCCGUGCCGGGCGGUGCCGUGCCGUGCCGUGCCGAGCGGCUGUCUGGCGCGGUGGAUGCCCCGGCGCGGGGUGAGCAUGGUGCCCUAGCGCUGGGGCUAUGUCGGAGGCGGCCCGCAGCCUCCUGCAGCGCUGGGACGCCAGCUUCAGGAAGGGUACCGAUUUCGACUCCUGGGGGCAGCUCGUGGAGGCGAUCGACGAAUACCAGAUAUUAGCCAGGCACCUCCAGAAAGAGGCACAGUCUCAGCACAACAGCUCGGAAUUCACAGAAGAUCAAAAGAAAACCAUAGCUAAAAUUGCAACAUGCUUGGAACUGAGGAGUGCAGCUUUACAGUCCACCCAGUCACAGGAUGAGUUUAAGCUUGAGGAUCUGAAGAAGUUGGAACCAAUCUUAAAGAAUAUCCUCACUUACAAUAAGGAGUUCCCCUUUGAUGUUCAGCCUGUCCCACUCAGGAAGAUUUUAGCACCUGGAGAAGAGGAACACUUGGAGUUUGAGGAGGAUGAUGAGGAAGGAGGAGCUGGAGCAGGCUCUCCAAACUCUUUUCCUGCUAGAGUUCCAGGAGCCAACAAAGGUACUUUAUUGCCCAGAUUGCCAUCUGAACCCGGGAUGACAUUACUCACCAUCAACAUAGAGAAAAUUGGUCUCAAAGAUGCUGGACAGUGCAUUGAUCCUUACAUCACAGUCAGUGUAAAGGAUUUGAAUGGGAUAGAUCUGACUCCUGUGCAGGAUACUCCUGUGGCUUUGAGGAAGGAGGACACAUACAUCCAUUUUAAUGUGGACAUUGAGAUUCAGAAACACAUUGAAAGACUAACAAAAGGUGCAGCUAUCUUCUUUGAAUUCAAACACUACAAGCCUAAAAAAAGGUUUACUAGCACCAAGUGCUUUGCUUUCAUGGAGAUGGAUGAAAUUAAACCUGGGGCAAUUGUUAUAGAACUGUACAAAAAACCCACUGACUUUAAAAGGAAGAAAUUGCAACUGUUGACCAAGAAACCACUUUACCUUCACCUCCAUCAAACAUUGCACAAGGAAUGACCCCAGUUGUGAGAAGUCUGUGAACUGAACUACAAGUCCUGGUAGCUGUGUAGUAGCCUUAGGCUCUGAGGGUUGGGAAGAUGACUCUGUUCAUGCCAGUAGGUCACACGAGACCAUCACCCACUGCACAGCACUACUUCAGGGUCAGGGACAAGCCCACCAUGCAAGUGCAAGAUUUUUUUCAGUAACUUCCAGAUACAGGUUUUUCCAAGGGCCCUGAUAUAGGUUGACUGCUUUUCCUAAUUUUGCUGUUCAUCACUUUUUACCUUUAACCGUUCUCCUUUUGCCUCAAGCUCCCCCUGAGAAUGGAGAGUGCCCCUUUGCCAAACCUGCAGCAAUAAAAAUGUGGCAGGCCUACUAACUGUUUACACUGCUGUGCAAUUGUAGUUCCUCUCAUCUGCAUUUCAGAGUCCUCUGGAGUGGGCAGGGUGACAGAAGACUGGGAGAAGGAUGAGGUGGGCUGGGAAGGAGCUUGAGGUACUGCAAGUGCUUUGAAAUGAGGGAGUGGAGAAUGCGGAUCAGAUGGGUGGGCAUGAGUCCCUGUGGUCAGGUCAGGAGGAGGACAACUGCAGAUGAGAACACUGAACUAUGAUUGAACAGCCUUGCCUGAGUUUCAAAUACAUGUUAUAGUCUUUUCAGUCACUGUUACUACUCCCUAAUAGAGCUAUUCUUUUCUGUAUCCUGUCACAGAGUGGUUUGCAAAGGUGGGUGGGGGAUAAAGAGGCCUUCUCCAGGGCUUUGUCCUGGUGGCAAGUGGGUGUUUUGCCAUUUCAGUGACAGCAGGACAGGCCCUCAGUGCUGAAGUGUCAAUUUUCCAGAGCUUUAUAUAAAGUAGGUCUGGCUAGCAGGCUGACCCACCUUUUACAUGAAACUGCUGUUCUUAUGGAAACUGAUUGUAUGCAGUUCUGUGCAUAUUUUGUGCAAGUCUGGAAAUUUACUCAAAGAAUUACCUUUUAAUAUAAGUAGAUAGCAUUAGCAUGUAUUUUCUGUAUUUUUUUAUUUGGUGCAUAAUAAGCUGCAGGACAUUGGCUUAUUAUGACACACUUGCAUUCACCUUUUGAUCUGAAAAAGGGAAAGAAGUAGAACCCAGUCAAAUCUUUCAUAUAUUUGUGUGGAUAUUUAAUAUGAUACUUUAUGGUUUGAUAAACUUCUUGCAUAUCUAACUAGUGCCUGAAUAAUCUGCUAUGCUAACUAAAGACCCAGCUCCCAAAAUAGUGUCAAUUAUUUUAAACAGCCUGGAUGCAGGUGAAUCAUCCAUUCCUCUGCUGUCACCUGACCCCAAGAUAUUACAUCAUGUGUUAAGGGAAGGGAUGUUACUUUUCCUCAUGCUGUUUGUCUGUCUCUAUUCAGCUGUUGGGCAUUUUUGGCUUUACCAUAUUGAUUAGGAUAAAAAGCUGGUUUUGAAUGUCCUAAUCUUCUUGCCUUUCUUCUGGUAUAACUAGGAAUGACAUUAUUUAGGUGUUACAACAAAAGUCAGCAACACUUUGCCAAAUUCCACUGCUGGUUGGAGGGGUAAAAGGGCAGUUGAAUUGUCCUGUUUAUGGAUCUUUACAAUAUCCCACUGGUUUUAAAGCUGAUGGGUGAUCAUCAAGAUAUCCCUAUGAGUUGUGGAAACUCCUCUGAAUGCAGCAUUCUGGACACCACACUAAAGGAGAAUACCUACACUGCUAAAAGCCAAAUACAAAUAAUCCUCUGAACUCUGCAAAAGGACGAAGCAAAGUGUUAGUCUGUGGUUGCAAGUAAUCUGAGCUUGGCCCAUUUACCUGUCAGUGAUCCCUGGCUGGCUCAUGACUUGUUCUGACCAAGGAAUUGCAGGAUCUGAAAGGUGGAAGGGCUGGUUCUGGAGUUCAGUCCAGCUGCCAUCCAGGGUAAGCACUGCAGUUGGGUGUGUGUGUCCAAGGUGAAUGCUGGUGCAUCCAGAGGGAGAUUCCAUACAACUUUCAUUACUGUUAGCUGGGAUGGGCAAGGGAGGAGACACUGAGUAUCACAAAGGCUUGUAUGGGGAAGGAAAGAUCCUGGACUUUGAGAACUUGACUUUUAAUCAUGGAUGUUCAUCAAGUGUGUGUAUCAUCAGCCACCCUGCAAACUGAGAUACUGUCCCUUGAAGUACAAACCCAUUUUUUCUGCUGCUUACCUGGACCCUUCCCCAGCUUGUAGAUGUCUGUAUUAAUGCCAGUUAUAUGAAAUGUCAACUUUAAAGUAUUUUUGUUAAAUACAGAAGUAGAGCUUUGUAUUUAACUGAUUGUGAAUUAAUGUCUGUUGAGUGUGAAAUACAUUUUUAAAGUUGCUUCUAUUCCUUGCCUUUUUUCUGUGAACUGUCUCAGUGCCAGGACUGCUGCUGCUGCACACACCACAGGCUUUGGGAUUGUUUUAUGCUUCAGUGAUGUUCCAGCUUGUGUUUCACCUGAAAUCUAAAGCUUUACACUUGUACUGUAAGAAUGUAACACCUAGAUGGCAACUUCAAUGGCUGCUUGUACUCUGUCAGUAAAGCUGUAAUGGCCUCCCGGUAGGGUUUUUUAUUA